AUGGCCGUCAACACAACGCGCCGAAACACGGCCAUUGCCGCCGCCGUCUGCUACUUCAUCACCAUCCCCUUCCUCAUCCUCGUCCUCAUCGGCAACACCCGCAUGAACAACUCGGUCCUCACAGACAUCUUCUUCUUCAAGCUCGACGUCUCCCAGAUCAUACCCAUCGCCGUCGCAAACUCAAACCUCCUCAACUCGGUCGCCCGCAGCCUCGGCCUCCACGACUUCUACCAGGUUGGCCUGUGGAACUUUUGCGAGGGCUACAACGAUGAAGGCGUCACCUUUUGCUCCAACCCUGUGCGGUUCUACUGGUUUAACCCCGUCGAGAUCCUCGUCAGCGAGCUCCUCGCCGGCGCCCGAAUCGCCCUGCCCUCGGCCGUCAUUACCGUCCUCAAGCUCCUCCGUAUCGGCUCCCAGACCAUGUACGUCUGCUUCAUGGCCGGCACCGUCAUCAACUUUGUCCUCGUCUUUGCCACCUGCCUCGUCAUCCGCACCCGCUGGUUCAGCCUCCUCAUCGGCUUCUUUGCCGGCGCCUCGAGCGUCCUGCUCACCGUUGCCGCCAUCAUCGCCACCGUCAUCAGCGUCGCCGCCAAGGUGGCCCUCACCUCCCAGGACCAACUCAACAUCCGCGCCGAUAUUGGCAUCAAGAUGUUUGCCUUUAUGUGGAUCGGCGCCCUCGUCACCGACCUUGCCUUUCUGCUCCACGCCGCCAUGGGAUGCUGCUGCAAGCCCAACCGUGGGCCGCGCCAAGGCCAGUCGCCACCGGCGGCGGCCACGUCCGAGAAGAAGGGCCUGGCCCUCCCCGACUUCGUGCGCCGGAGACGCGGCGCCGAGACGUAA